GAUUUGGCAGUACUUAAGGAAGUGUGUGUUUUUUCUGUGUUUGAAAUGUUUGGAUUUCCCAGCGUCUCAAAGUGUUCAUCCUGAGCCAUGUGUGACGUAUACAGAGUUUCCUCCUCUGUUAAAGUGGAGCAGAUGGAGGCAGAUCUGUCGCGUCAACUGUCCGCGCUCAGGGCGGAGAUUGAGGAGAAUGGAGUUCCUCAAGAAGCAGUACCCUCCAGAUGUUACAGUUCGGUUCUGCCUCCAAAAGAUAUUUCCUUCUUCCGUGUGGAGAGGGAGCACGCACUGAGGAGAGGGCUUCAGGUGGCUGAAGCUUUGCCACUUCAGUCUCAGGCAGACGUCAUGCAGAGAGAGCUGGAUAGCUGCUUGGGCCUAGAGUACACUCCUGACAGUCUGCCCCCACUGCUGCACCAGUUCUACACCGACAGAUCGUAUCACCUGGCUCAGAUCAAAUAUCUGCUCAUGCUGAGAUGGAGAAGAUUCUGCCGCCACACCAGCGUCAUUGAAACGCUUUAUCCUCAUUACAAGGAUCAGGUGUCAUGUUUGACGAGUGAGUACGAGGACGCCGUUCAGAGAGCUCGCAGGCUGUCAGCGUGCAGAGAGAAGAUCCUGACAGGCCGAGGAAACCCCGCCAACCUGCUCACUCAGGACGACAUGGUCAUUUACCUGCGGUGGCUCGUCUGCCAUCUGCACUCUGUUCAGACUGUUCACAACUUCCUCAGGGUGCUGCACUACGUACCAGCCUGUGAGAGAAAACUUGAAGAACCACAACCCAAGGUUCACAAGGAAACUUCACAUAAGACUCAAUAUGUUGAUGGUACUUCAGGGCUGGCUGAUAAGGUUCCCCUGCACACUGUCCACCUGGAGGAGUUUCUACCUGAGCUGCAGUCUUUGAUUGCUCACUUCCACCUGACCUACGACACCCGCAAACUCAGGACCACUGCAGACGAGAUGGAGUUAUUCAGCAGGGUGUGGAGGGAGUUCAGAACGAUUUUCAGACAACAAGAGCAGAUGAAAACGUUUCCUCAGUACGACGGUUCAGAGGUCAAACAGAGCCAGUGGGGGAGGAAGACUCCGAGCCUCGCUCUGAGGAAGGAGGCCAACUGGAUCCCCUUCAUUCAGGUGAAGCCCAGACGGGAUCCGUGGCAGCAGAAGCUCGUUACGAAACUGAAGGAAAAGAAAUCUGUGGAUGAGCUGCUGAAGAUGCACAGCAGGUUUCUUCAGGUCCCAGAUCUGCUCCAUGUGACCGCGGCUCUUAAAGAACACGCUGCUCAUGUUGCCGACUCACCAUCUGCACCGACCUCAUCGGUGUCACACACUAGUAAAACAGAACAACAAAAGAUCUCUGAGAUCUGGAUGAGUAUUUACAGCGCUGCCUCCUCUCUCACUCAGGAGACUGUUGAUCAGUCAGUCAGAUCCAGACACAGAGGAGGCCACGAUAGGAAGACUUUGAAGAGUCAAACCUCGACUGCAACAAAUGACAGCUACUCCUUCGAGGACAGCCUGCAGCUGCUGGGUCUGGAUGAUAGUUUAGAGGAAGGAACAUCAGAUCCCAUCAUGACCAGAGGAGCUUACCUGUCUCUGAUUCACCUGCGUCAUCUCAAACUCAGGCAGCUCCAGCGCAUCUCUCUCAGUCUGCUGAACUACCUGCGCUCUGUGGAGAGGACUUUGACCUUUGACCUGGCAGGUCUGCAGCAGGAGGAAGGAGAGCUGUUCAGCACAGCGGAGGAAACCGGCUGGAUGAACGCAGCCAGAGGAGGACUGGGGGAGGCGGGAGGUCUCGGCUCGCUGCAGUACAGCCACAGCACUCCUGUUGACUUUAAGGUCCGUUGCUCGGAGUUCAUGGAGUUUGCAGAGGUGGAGAACCUUCAUGAUUUCUACAGUGCAGAGGAGCGGGUCGUCCACACUCAGGACCAGAGGGGGUUUUACAUCGUAUAUGAUGCCGCUCUGAAGGACCUGAAGGAGCUGGAGGACAAGCUUCUUCUAGUCGGCUCACGCUUCAUCCAGAGAGGCCGGAUUAAGAAGAUGGAAAAUGCCUCAGCGGCAGACAUGUGCUCCUGGGCUGGGACAGAUGUGGACCGUGUUGCAGUGCUGCUCGACUUGUGGGCGUGUGAGACGGAGUUUUUGGAGAGCAAAGUGCAGCUCUUGAACUGUUACUUCGAGGCCUACCAGCAUGCAGCAGGGACCGAGGAGAGGUUCGCGUUGGCCCGAGUCAUCACUGACAUCAUGCACAGUAGACCACACCUGGACCUGAACCAGGAUUACUUUGUUCAGACCUACAGAGCUGAGAUAGGCUGCCUGCGAAGCCACCAACAGCUGAUCAGAGACAUUUUGGAUAACCAGAUUGAAAAACAGCGGCAGUAUCUCCAACGUAUCUGGAGAGACGACCACAAAGGCUCUGUUCAUGACUUUGGCCUUCCACCAAAAUACAUUCCCAAACAUCUGGUGUCACUUGGAGGCAGCAGCUCUGCACUGCUGAACACUUUCCUCCUGGAGGUCCAUCCGUCCCUCUGCCUGGCCUCUGCAGUCUAUCACAGUUUAGUUCAGGCUCACACGGAGCUCUGUCAGCUGCACCGAGCCACCAGCAUCACUGACAAACUCAAGCUGUGGCAGAAGCUCCUGCGGCAGGCCCUGAAGAGCUGGAGCCACCUGGCUACACCUGGGGCCUCCUACAGCUCCCAGAUACAGAAGGAUUUGUUCUCAGAUGGGUUUUUUGAGGACCCGAUUUUGGUCCAGAAGGUGGGGCUGACACUUCUAAGAUCUGCAGGAGAGCAGGACGUGACGCAGGGACGAGAGAAACAGUCGUAUGCGGUGGAAACUUUCUCCAAGCUGCUGGAGCUCGUCACCAUCCGCCAUCGUCUGCUGGAGUCGGCCUCUGAGACCGCACAUCUGGCACAGUUGUACAGAAACAUGGCGUCAGAGCUCGGCUUCGAUGAGUUCCACCUUUAUCUGAGGCCGCUGCAGUUUGAGGUCGCUGAGCAGAAAGACAGAACCGAGCAGAGGCCUGUUUUCAUCACAGCGAUACUGGAGGACGACAGCUCUGUGGACAGGUUCACCCCGUCCCACCUGCCUCUGAGCAUCCAGGAGCUGGACGAGAACCAGAUCGGGCGGUUUAGCUUCAGCUCAGAGGACGCGGUUAUUCACCUCAUGAACGAACAGAGUAUCGAGAACCUCCAGGUGACUCUGGCCUGUCAGGUGACACAGAAGAACGCUUUGAUCAGUGCUGUGAAGCUGGUUUGUCUUUGUCACUGGGCAGAGACUGGGACGUCUUCAGCUCAGAGUAAAGACGCUCUUCAUCCUGAUAAAGAUGUGAAAUUAGCCUCCAAACCUCCAAACCCUGUGACUCCCAGCGACACUAACAACCUGCAGGAAAAAUCAAACCCUUCACCCUCCACAGGCUCAGCGAGAACUCCCGUCACCACCAAGAGAAGGCUGAUGGAAGCCUUUGUGUCCAUCCAGCUGGAAAAAGUGGGUCUGCGUGACGAGAUGCUGAAUUCAUUUGUGAAGAAGAAACAGGCCGUGGGGGGUCUUAUAAGAACCUCAGAGGAAGCAGCAAAGAUCAAGCGGACGCUCAUAAUCGACUUUCUCAAGAAAUUCAGCACACAGAUAUCUCAGUAUUGUGUCAGAGCGCAGAUUGUUGCAUAUUACAACAGUCUAAGCUUCCUUUUGGACGCCAUCCCCUCUAUCCGUCAGUCCCACUUCGUGAUUGGGCGAGCCAGGGAGCCCAGAGUCAUUUUGGAUUCAGGAGCAGACCUUCGUCCUGAUCCCAGGACGUUUCAGUGUCGGCCGCAGCAGUUGUUGUCUGCGGAUGGAAAAACUCUCCUCAACCUGUGGUACAUCCCCCACUUCUCUGCAGUGCUUCACAUGUUCAAGAAUGUCUCGCAGGAGUGUUCUGCAGCUCUCCAUCUCACUCUGCAGAUCGUCUCAGCUCUUCAUGACAUCAUUUAUUACCUGGUUAGUUUCUCCAGACUGGGAAACACACAGGACGCCUGGGGCUCACUGGCAGCUGACUGGGGAGGCACUGAAGGCAUUGGAGCAGAGCUGCAGGAGAUCCAGCGUCAGGUCGACAGUCUGUCUGAUCCCACCUGCCCAGAGUCUGUCGGCCGUCUGCUGCAGCUGCGCAGGCAGGUCCUCCUGCUGCAGUUUGACACAGCUGUGAGACACCUCAUCAGGGAGGCGUUCCUCUCCUCUGGUGAUGUUGCGUCCUACCAGAGUGUGAGUGACAACAUGGCGACCGCCCUCCCCCCGCUGAGCAACAGUAUCCAGGCCGACAUCUUCAGUCUCAUGUUGCCUGUUCCUCCACCUUUAGAGCCUCGAGGCCGUCAGGCACAGAGGAUGUUUCCAUGGAGAAGUUUAAUAGCCUGUCAUGGAUUGUUCCCUCUGAGAGUUAGCGACGUCCCUCCCAUUGAAUACUGCAUGCAGCUGUGUCUGAGCGGUCUGAGUGAUCGCAGCAGACUGCAGGCCAACGCAGCGAUCCUCGGCGUGUCGCUGCUCAUGGAGGAUGUCCUGAACAGCGGAGCAGAGGCUGAGCCUGUCCGUCUCCAUGGCAACAAGGAUGACCUUGUGCACGAUGGAAAACCUGAUGAGGAAGCUGAAAAAGAAAAGAGGAGGACUUGCGGGAGUGGAAGACCAGACCCCACUGCUCUCCUUCAGGAUCCAGUCAGAGUGCAGUCUGUGCUGAAAGGUUUCCUCCUGCUGACGAAGCAGUUUCAGGUGUUCAAGGAGAGCUGGGCUCGAAGACAUCUGGGUGUUCAAACGUUCAGGACGCCCAGAUUGUAUCGACAGUUUGUGAAACUCUACAGAGCUGAAAUCUUCUAUCCCAGUAUGAGAGCUCUGGCUCAACAAAUGGGUAAAGAGCGGGACUACGAGGUCUUAAUAUCUGGCAGCCAGUCUCUCCUGCCUCCACCUGGAGCUUCAGAGGUUGAUGUGAAAGCCUGGCAGCUCCACAAACUGCUGGAGAGCACAGAGUGUGACAUGAUCAGAGCGGUGCAGAGGAGGAUUAACAGAGAGCUGACGCUGGUGGUUUCAGAGCGAACUCGUCAGGACACAGGCCUCCCCACAGAGCUGUGGAAGAAAGCCCCGCUGAAGUACAGUGUGUCCCCCGAGCGACCGCAGAUUGUGGAAACGUUCAUCCAGCAGCUGAUGGAGGGAGCUGAAGAGGCCGAGGGACAGCUGAAGGUCUCUCAGGAUCGCCUCCAGCAGUGUCUCUCUCACCUCGGCUGCUCUCUGAUGGAGCGAGAGCGCCGCAGCUUCCUGCUCUACUCGCAGUUUUAUGAGCAAAUCCUGCAGCAGCAGACUCAGCUGCUCUAUCACAGAGAACAGGAUUUAAAGAAUCUGACAGUCUCUCAGAGCGACUCUCACAAAGAGGUGGCUGCUGCAUGUCGUGAGAUGAUGUUGAAGAUCUCAGCGCUGCAGGCACGAGUCGCUCACCUGGAAGACGAGAAGAAAACUCAUGAGGAGCAACUCAGUCUCAAAUUCAGAGAACGCUACGACCCUUUGGUUCGACACCUCUUCUCCACCUGCAUCAAGCUAAAGGCCAGGCUGGAUGAGUACCACCAGCAGAUGGAGCAGGAUGUGAGUGAGAUGGUUAACAGAAUAAGAGGCGAGGGAGUCGACCGCAUCAUCAGACUCAAGAAGAAGUACGGCUGCACCAAAGACGAUGAUGAACUCACACUCACACUGUUAAAGAAAGAAGAGGUCCAUGAGUUGAGGCAGGAGAACAGCCGGCUGACCUCUCUGCUCUGUAAACAGCAGGCUGUGAGCCGCUGGAGGCAGGCGGUCCAACAGGAGAAACUUCACCGACAGCUGCUUCAAACUCAGCAGAGGGAGGUAACGUGUCGCAGCAAGGCCCUCAGAGUGAAGAUGACAUCAGAAGACGAGGUGGUCGUUCUGCAGGAGGAGCUGGAGGCCGUGAGGAAGGUGCUGAGCUGCUGUCAGGCCGAGUGCAGCAGCACCAAGAAGCUGCUCAGCAGGAAGACAGAGGAGCUCCAGGUGGCCAGGCAUCAGUCUGCACGGGAGGCCCGCAGCAGAGAAGAACUGGACAGCUAUCGGGUGCAGAGUCUGGAACAAAUGAGAGCCAACAUGGAGGACAGAGAGAGACGGCUCAGGGGGCUCAGUGAGCAGCUGGACAGAGGCAGCAGGAUGAACCAGUUACACCGACAACGCAGUGCCAAAGAGAUCCAACAGGUGAGGGGGCAGCUACAACAAGAGCUCAGCCUCAAACAAGAAGCCUUUCAGCAGAUGGAUAAACUGCAGCACCAACUGAAUGACAUGCAAGCAGCUUUCUCCAGAUGCACGUCUACAACAGGUACACAUUACCAGACAGAGAGAGACGAUAUGAUAGAGCCUCUCUGUGUCUCUCAGGUUAGCUGUGAGAGCGUCUCCAUUUGCCUCAGAUUAUUUGCCCUGACAUUUCCUGAUUCUCUCACAGGGCAAAGCAGGACUUACUACACGCUGUCAGUGAGCAGAUUGAGUCCUAGAAGUCCCUCAGCGGGUCCAUGCAGGGCUGGUCAGCAGCAGUCCGCUCUGCAGCUUGGCAGCCUCACCAGCAACACCACGCUUCAGCACAUUGCUCCAGAGUCACAACGCCAGAGAGCAGAAGCAGCCAGGAGCCGCUCCAACACAAGAAUAGACAGACCUAAAGCAAACUUGUCUCGCCUGCAUAUCCGGACUGCAGAGACGCUGUUGCCUGACCUGUGAGAUUCCCCUCUGGGUGUUUUAUGAAGCAGCAUGAACUUGUUUUACAAGUUAGCUGCUAUUUGACAUGCAGAUGCAGAG